GGUCCCCGCAGCGCAGCACACCAGCCGUGGGCAAGGACCCAGAGACCCCGGGACGGGCCGGCGUUCGGAGGCUGAAGCCCUGCAGAGCCGGAGGGGGGCCAGCAGGGCCAUGCUCUCUCCAUGGAAACGUCAGAGCGCCCAGAAGGGCUCAUGGAGUGUCUUCAAGCUGUGGGUCUGGACCGUGCUCUGCUGUGAUUUCCUCGCGCACUGCGGGGUGGACUGCUGGACCUACCAUUACUCUGAAAGCCCCAUGGCCUGGGUGAAGGCUAGAAGGUUCUGCAGAGAGAACUACACGGAUUUAGUCGCCAUACAAAACAAGGGGGAAAUUGAGUACUUGGAGAAGACGCUCCCCUUCAGUCGCACCUACUACUGGAUCGGGAUCCGGAAGGUAGGGGGUGUCUGGACUUGGGUGGGGACCAAUAAAUCCCUCACCGAGGAGGCUGAGAACUGGGGAGACGGGGAGCCCAACAACAAGAAGACGAAGGAGGACUGCGUGGAGAUCUACAUCAAGAGGCCCAAGGACGCGGGCAAGUGGAACGACGACGCCUGCCACAAGGCGAAGGUGGCCCUCUGUUACACAGCUUCUUGUCAACCCUGGUCAUGCAGCGGCCAUGGAGAAUGUGUGGAAACGGUCAACAGUUACACCUGCAUCUGUGACGUGGGGUACUAUGGGCCCCAGUGUCAGCUCGUCGUCCAGUGCGAGCCCCUGACGGCCCCCGAGCGGGGUGCUCUGGCCUGUGUCCACCCUUUGGGGAACUUCAGCUUCAGCUCCCGCUGCGCCUUCAACUGCUCUGAGGGAACGAGCAUGACCGGACCUGGGGAAACCACGUGUGGGCCGUCUGGCGACUGGUCCUCUCCAGAACCGGCCUGCCAAGUGAUAGGGUGUGAGCCUCUGGAGGUGCCUGAUUUGGGGGCCAUGGACUGCAGCCACCCCCUGGCCAACUUCAGCUUUACCUCCACAUGCACCUUCCAGUGCUUGGAAGGAGCUGAGUUAAUGGGCGAGAAGGAAUCUACCUGUGGGUCAUCGGGAACCUGGUCCAGCCCUAGCCCUAUAUGUCAAAAGGUGGACAGCAGUUUCUCCAUGAUCAAGGACGGAGACUACAACCCCCUCUUCAUCCCAGUGGCUGUCAUGGUUACUGCCUUCUCUGGGCUGGCGUUUAUCAUUUGGUUGGCAAGGAGACUAAAGAAAGGCAAAAAGUCUCGGAGAAGCAUGGAUGACCCAUAUUAAACCACCCUCUGUGGGAGAAAAUCCUCGGGAUCCUAACAGCGUCACCGACCCUUCCAACUCCUCCGUGGAAAGCUCCACCCGUGGCGCCUCCUACUCCGCAGACCCCGUGUGUCCCCCUGCGUCCACGCGCCCCCUGCCCUCCCUGCAGCCCAGCCCGCGGUUGUGGUUUAUGCAGCCCAGGUCCUUGUUCUCUUUUCCUUGGAGAAACGAGACCACAGGGGACAAGGAUUACUGUGAAAUAUAAAGAUGUCUGGUUUUGUUCUCUUUCCUGA